AUGAACUCCAAAUCAUAUAAUCGUCCUAUGACUCAUCAGGAGUACAUUCACACAAAAUAUCUUUCUCAAGGUGACUACGAGACUAAAGAAAAAAAGAGAAAAAUUAAAAAACGUGUAAAAAUCGUUGAUGAUGACGUUGAUUUUCGGACGUUAGGCAAAGUGGACAGCGACGAGGAGGAGCUAUAUUUUGGAACAAAAGAAGAAAAGCCCAUCAUUGCUGGUGUGAUUGACGAAAGACCACUUGCUGACAAGGACCGCUCAAAAUGGAAACGAUUAGGAGACGAUAAUGAGGUCAAAAUUAAAAGCGAGGACGAAGACGACACAACUACGUCAGUGGCCAACACCUCCAGCAAAUCAAAGGCUAAAACUCUUUCUGGUAAAAGAGCCGGCCUUUCAAAUGCAAAAGAAAUUCGCAAAGAACUUGAUGAAUUGAAGCGGAAAAAUGAAAAGUUCAUGAAAGGCUUAAGCGACGAGCAAUCUGGAAAGAAUGCACAAACGGUAUUUCGUGAUCGCAAAACCGGAAAAAUUCGGGACAUGGAAAAGGAGCUGGCCGAAAAGGAAAAAGAAGAUCGUGAAAAAGAACUGAAAGAAGCUGCAAAGAAGGCAACCUAUGACAAGUGGUCUAAAGGCUUAGUUCAACGUGAAGCCCAUUUAGAAAGGCUAGAAAGUGAUCUGCAUGAAAUGUCAAAGCCUUUAGCUCGAUACGGAGACGACUCUGAUUUGGAUAAACUGCUCCGUGAUAAAGAGCGCCUUGAUGAUCCGAUGCUCCAGGAAAUUCGGAAAAAGCGGGAAGAGGAGGAAAAAGCACGCAAUCCAAAUAUAAAAGUGUUUCCCAAAUAUAAGGGGCCUCCACCGCCGCCCAAUCGUUUCAACAUUCAACCAGGUUAUCGCUGGGACGGUGUCGACCGCUCCACUGGCUAUGAGGCCAAGAUCUUCUUGCGCCAGUCAAAUGCUGAGGCCAACCAAGAGGAGGCGUACCGGUGGAGCACUCAAGACAUGUAA